AGAGCUUUAGUACAAAACCUAGAUGUUGGAGUUGUAGCUGGAAUACCUCCGAGUUAAAUAAGUAUCGAGCCGUUCCGAAAAACAACGAGUCUACACGACACUUAGUCGUGUUCCGACGACUGUUCGGUUAAUCUUACUUUCUGUUUUGCAGCUGGUCUUCAGUUCAUGUCAAGCGCGUCUGGCGGUUGUACAGUUCUGACAACGUUGAUGCGUGUCUGAGUUGAUAGAACUAAAUGAGUGUUUAUAUUCGAAUUGGAAGAUGAGACGGAAUAUCGAAUUGAAGGACCAAAAAUCGUUAAUAGUAUGAUAGUUCCUUUCUCGUGAAAUUUCAGUUGCUUCCAAUUACUUACAUUCGGGUGAAACUGUGAAACGUGUAAGCGGCACUGUCCAAGGCAAACAACAGUGGUGCUGUGGAAUUAGUUCUUAUUUUUUGUCGGACAUCGUGGUACAUAACUGAAAUAGGACUGCCGGGUUUAUCUCAAUGUUCCAUGACUGUUGAAGCCACGAUUUUUGGAUAUGAAAUGUUUGAUAUAACUAUUUCCUGCACAAUGACCCACUGACUUCCUGCCAACGUUCCAUCAAUCACCAUCCACCAGCCCCAGCAGCGCUCUCGACGGCGCUACAAUCGUCGGCAAGCUGGCAACCAGUGCUCUCCUUGCUCCCAUGAACCCCCACUACCAUUCAUAUGGAGGUACGGAGCUCACAUCCUCUCCACACCCGCCCUCCCCAGAUAACAACAACUUUCAUGGGCAUCCCGGACAAGGCGGAGGACCCCACCACAAUCGGAUGCAUCCCAGCAAUGGACAUGCCAUCAACACCCUUGGCGUGAACCAGCACCACGAGCAACACCCCCAUCAGCACCCCCACCACCCCCACUCGGGCAUGGGUGGGGGUGGUGGUCCACCCCAGGAAGACCAGAUGCAAAUGCACAACCCCUCCAUAAACAAUAACACGAACAAUAAUAACAAUACAGUGAGGACUUGUUGGGGUUGCGGCGGUAAAAUUCUCGAGAGGUUUCUUUUACACGCGCUCGACCGUUAUUGGCACAACGGAUGCCUCAAGUGCUCGUGUUGUGCGGCCAUGUUGGCAGAUAUAGGGACUUCUUGCUUCACCAGAUCUGGGAUGAUCUUGUGCAAACAGGACUAUAUGAGGAUAUUCGGUAGCACGGGUGCAUGUGCGGCGUGCCACCAGCCCAUCCCCCCCAGCGAAUUCGUGAUGAGGUGCGCCAGUUCGACGCCCCAACAGCCGACGUCGCCCCCCCAAGUGUUCCACCUGAAGUGUUUCUCGUGCAGCAAGUGCGGCGCGCCACUGGUCCCUGGGGAUCGCUAUUACCUCCUUGCCGGAAGUCUGGUCUGCGAGCAGGACUGGACUAAACUGCUCAAGAGUUCAUCAGUGGCGCCGACAGUACGCAAAGGGAAGGUUGGGAGACCGAGGAGAAGUAGAGAUUGAGGUUGGGAACACUGCAGGAAUGGAUAAGCCAACCAAUAGUUGCAUCAAAAGACAACGAUUACUGCACCAAGCGCUCGAAUUCGCAAAGGUCGCAGUUCCGUGGAGGACAACGAACUUUUUCAGGUUAAUUCAAGUGAGAAUAAAAGUGGUGAAGUGCUCAGUCUGGACUCAUUAUACUGUAACGAACAAUCUUUUCAUUGGAAUUGUACAAAUGUUAUGUUUGAAUAAACGUUAUUACAAUCUUU